GUGGGGAUAUAAGUUGAAAGUGUCUUGUUUAUGAGUCUUAAAUAGUAAACAAAUUGUGUGAAGUUUUCCAAUAUAUUUGAAUUAAUUUUACAUAAAAUAAAAGUAUCAGCACGCCUGAGUUCGAGUGUUCCGCACAACUAAUUUUUAUCAGUAAAAUAGCUGUACUAGCAUUUCGGCAUUCGAAAACAUUGCUAUACGGUGUUUUUAUUUCACCAGUCUAUAUCAUUAUACUAGUACCCUUUCGGUGUGCGGUUAUCUCAUCAAAACAAAUCGGGCAAAUUGUUUAAAUCAUCCUUAUAAACGUUCACGCACUACUAACACAUUACGUAAAACAAGAUGUUUCUCUCGCUGGCUAGAAAGAUCAACUUGUUGAGCAGAAUAGAUACUCAAUUGGUGCGAUCGUUCUCGAUUUCGAAACUACGCCUUGCAUCGUCUAAUCCAGCAGAUGGGCAAGAACUACAGCUCACCUAUCUCACCGAGGAUGACAAGCAAGGUAUCGCCAUUCUAGGACUGAAUCGCCCAAAAGCAAGAAAUGCCUUCAGCAAUUCCCUCGUCAAUAAGCUGUUGGAAUCGAUUGACGUGCUGGCCCACGACAAAAAUGUUCGAGUGGUGAUACUCCGUAGCCUAGUGCCAGGAAUCUUCUGUGCUGGAGCAGAUUUGAAAGAACGGGUCACCAUGAGUCCGCAAGAAGUGGGACGUUUCGUGUCUAAACUGCGACUGAUGAUGACCAGUAUCGAACAUAUGCCGGCGCCAGUUAUCGCUGCCAUUGAUGGUCCUGCUCUUGGAGGUGGGUUAGAGAUGGCAUUAGCCUGCGAUAUGAGAGUCGUUUCGAACGAUGCUACUCUCGGCCUGGUUGAGACUAAGCUGGGAAUAAUUCCUGGAGCAGGAGGUACUCAGCGCCUGCCAAGGAUCUUAAACCCGGCCAUUGCCAAGGAACUUAUCUUCACCGCACGGCAAGUAAGCGGAAAGGAAGCUCAAACCUUGGGCAUUGUUAAUCAUGCCGUGGAACCGAACGAUUGCGGAGAUGCUGCAUAUCAGAAGGCCCUACAACUGGCGAUGGAAAUUGUCCCGAACGGACCGGUCGGAGUUCGAAUGGCAAAGCGAGCGAUUGACAAAGGACUACAGGUUGAUUUGGCAUCCGGAUGUGCUAUCGAGGAAGCUUGCUAUGCGCAAGUUAUCCCAACAAAAGAUCGCCUGGAAGGGCUCAAAGCGUUCUCGGAGAAAAGGAAACCCAAAUACAUUGGAGAAUAGUCGGAAAUUUUUUGAUAAUGCUAAUAACCGCACUAUGACAGGGAACUAACGUUAUGUGAUACAAACGUGCAUUUAUCUAUUGUAGCCGACCAGAUUGUUUUUGAUAUUUUGUUACGAGAUCAGAUUAACGAUUUU